AUGGAAAGUGGAAAGCGUCAUGGAAACCUCGUACUGCCAGGUGACGUUUCAAAUUUUAUGGUGCGUUUCCAUGCUUGCCAAGGCUUGACAAGCAACCACAAGGCACAAGCGUCCACAAACCUCGCUUGGCAUUUGGAAGUCGUUUACACGCUUGUGAAUGCGUCAGUGUGCUACGUACAUCCAAGCAUGGCGGACACCGAACUUGUAUCGGCUAUUACCUUUGGUUUAACCUACUUUUAUUUUAAAUAUAAGCAAAGUAAAACAAAAUCAAGGGAAGCCCGACGACCACGAAGAUGGUGGAUGAUAAAGAUUCAUAGAAAUCGUACCAGCCAAUUUAUAGAAGAUAAAUUUAAUGAACUUUCUGGAGAGUUCGAUAAUUUCUGCCGAAUGAGUUAUGCUGAUUUUGAGUUUUUGCUGCAGAAAAUUUUACCAAUGAUUUCCAAGCAUGAUACCGACUUCAGAGAAGCUAUACCAGCUAAAUUUCGUCUUGCCAUAACGCUACGAUCUUUAGCAUCUGGUGAUUCUUACAAAAGCCUACACUACUUGUUUAAAGUAUCUGUCCCUAUGAUAUCAAAAAUCAUUCGUGAAGUUUGCCAAGCUCUUAAUGAAGUUUUAAAGGAUCAAGUUAAAAUGCCCACCACAGCAGAAGAAUGGCUUAAAAUAGAAAAAGGAUUCAGGACCAAAUUUCCACAUUCCAUAGGUUCAUUGGAUGGCAAGCAUAUAGUCAUAGUGGAACAGAGUAUUUCAAUUACAAGAAAACUUUUAGCAUUGUCCUUUUGGCAUUAG